AGGGAUCUUUUGAACUAGUUUCCCCACCCAGUUCAUUUGAUCGCUAUAUAAUCAGAACCAGUGGGAUCUAGUGCACACAGCAGGAACCCAUCUCCAGGAACCAAGAGCUGAAACCAUCUUCAGUUGGAGGAACUCUUCCAGAUUUUGGCACCUCCAAGGCAGUGAUGGCUCUCCAGAAGACCCUUUCAUUGCUUCUGCUCUCGCUGCUGACCCUGCUGGGGCUGGGGCUGGUGCAGCCCUCCUAUGGCCAGGCCACGUAUGAAAGGUUCCAGUGGCAACAUGUGGAUUCUACAGAGAGAGGUGGCAACAACUUCUACUGUGACACGAUGAUGCAAAGACGGGGGAUGACUUCGGGUGUUUGCAAGGAAUUGAACACUUUCAUCCAUGAAAACAUCGAGACCAUUAAUAACAUCUGCAACGCCCCCAAUAUCCGGUGCAAGAAUGGCAGGAUGAACUGCCAUGAGGGUGUAGUGAGAGUCACAGACUGCAAAGAUACAGGAAGUUCCCCAGCCCCCAACUGCAGAUAUAGGGCCAGGGCCAGCACUAGGCGUGUUGUCAUCGCCUGUCAGGGUAACCCCCUGGUGCCUGUGCACUUUGACAGAUAGAUACUACCCUGAAGCGGGUAUCGUCCUGUGGUUGACCUUUAACUUGCUCCUUGAAUAGCAUGACUAAUGCAUUUGAGCUGUCUCAGGCUCUGCCUCCUCUGCUUAUUACUCCCUUUUCUCUAUAUAAUCCAUUCUGUUAAGUACAUCAAAAAGAAAUGGAGACAUAAACCUAUAAUGGGACUGGGCUUUUCUGUAAGGAAAAUUUCCACAAACUCUUCUGUUUCCUUUGAUAAUGCUGGUCAGCUUAGCUCUCUCAGAUCCUAUCUUCUGGAAUUUAGUUACUAUGUAUAUGAUAUAGCAUUACAAGUAUUUUAAGGUGCUUCCAUCUCAGUUAUCUCAUUUUAAUACCACCACACCCCUGUGAUGCUGAUGUGGCUACAUAUAGAGCCCAAAGUUAAAGAAUUUCCUGAAGAUGAUGAAGUUAGUGGAAAAGCUGAAGCAACAAAUCCACUUCAACUGGCUACUAAUCCCGGACUUUUUCUACUUCAUCAUAAGGAGUGUUUGAAAGUAUCAUCUUUUUAAUAUUCACAAAAGUCACCAGGUGGGGGAAGCAUUAAAUAUUUGGAAAUAUAAACUGGCAAAAUGACACUCCAUUUUGUACAAUUGUCUGUAUAAUUGGCAACCUUGUUAUAUUUGGAUCAAUAAGACUAAGACAUGAUACAAAGAACUUUAUUUUUCUCUUCCCAAACUUUUGAAUCACUGUAGUAAGUUAGAGUAUUAACCAUGUACUAGAUCAUUAAGACUCAUUCACUCUUCCUGAUU